AUGAAAGAAGAGAUUUUUGUCGAAACCCAACUUUUCAGCGCAUGUACCACCUUUUCUUGUCGUGCCAGAAGUAGCGAAACCAGCAAAACUUGUGGCAAGCAAGCCUCGCCAAAUCCUCUUUCGAGUCUGCUUCAACCGACGCCUCGUUUCGUCUGUCCCGCAGCGACGGACCUCUUCACUCGCCGCAUGUACAGUUUUUACUUGCUCCGUUUGCCGUGUCCACACCAGCUCCCACUCCCCUCCUGCCCGCCCCGUCAAACACACGCACUGGCGGCACAAAAGGACAUCUUCGCACAUCGUGUACCCCCAAACGCGUAUCCACGCGUCUUGUUGGCCUGUCGAGGCCGGCCAGAUGGGCCCCUACGGGGGACAUUGGUUCCGGCCACGCGGACAGGACUCGAGCCUUCACGCGGCUUCAUUAACGGAUCUGUUCCGACGACACCUCGGACCGCGAAUUGGUACCGGAUUGAGCGUCAGUGCCCGACCCGAUUAGACGGACCAUUGUUUUUUGUCCCUACUCCGCCACCGUUCCGGUACCCGCUGCGACGAAUGAUCGCCAUCUUCUUGUGCGCUGAUCCGCGCGUGCCGCAACUGGCAGAAGAGACUUUGUGUGUAUGUUUGUGUGUUUACGUGUCUCUAUUUCCUAUCCGGCCUCCGUCGGGCGGCGAGUUGAUUUCAAACGGAGCUGCCUUCGGACAGGUCGGUUAA